ACGUCAACGUCCGUCCCUCCGCCGCCACCUAACGGGCGCCGUCUAUUUGCUGGAACGGCCGUUAGCGCGUUAGCAGUUAGGCUAAUUUUUUAAAAGUUGCUGUUAACGGUUUUUUAACGUUUGUUUGUUUUUUUUAAAGUGAAGGAGCAAAAACUACCAAUGGGGAAAGUAGCUAGCCGGUUUCGGGAUGUGUUAAACACUCCGAACGAACUUCUCUGAACUGGUUGAGUUGUAAAUUUAGUUAAUUUAGUGAUAAAAAUAGAUUUUUUUGUGUGUUUUUUUUGUGUGUUCGUAGCUUUGCUGCGUAUUGAAUCAGGUCGCGCUUGUCAAGUGUUGUUUGGAUCAGGCUAUUCACCGGAAAAGGAUUAAUCUACCCCACACACAAGCCUGAUCUGACUGCUGAUGAUGAACUUCACGACUCGGAGCAUUCACACACAAACAACGAGGAGAAUCAUUUCUCUGGACUAAGUGAAGAAGAAGAAGAAGUGUGAAACAUGCCCUUGCCAUUCGGCUUAAAACUUAAAAGGACUCGAAGGUAUACGGUUUCAAGCAAGAGCUGUCUUGUCACUCGGAUCCAGCUGCUCAAUGCAGAGUUUGUUGAGUUUACACUUUCAGUGGAGAGCACUGGGCAGGAAUGUUUGGAGGCAGUUGCUCAGAGACUUGAGUUAAGAGAGAUAACGUACUUCAGCCUGUGGUACUUCAACAAGCAGAACCAGCAGAGAUGGAUAGACUUGGAGAAGCCGCUGAAAAAGCAGCUGGACAAGUACGGACUGGAGCCCACCGUUUACUUUGGAGUCGUGUUUUACAUACCCAGUAUCACCCAGCUGCAACAGGAGAUCACAAGAUAUCAGUAUUACCUACAGCUGAAGAAGGAUGUUCUGGAGGGCAGGAUCUCAUGCUCACUAGACCAAGCCAUUCGCCUAGCUAGCCUGGCAGUGCAAGCUGACUUUGGAGACUUCAAUCGAUAUGAUUCCCAGGACUUCCUCCAGAAGUUUGUGCUGUUCCCUAUUGACUGGAUCCAGGAAGAGCGAGUGCUGGAAGAUGCCACUCAGAAAGUGGCUCUACUUUAUCAGUCCUUCAGGGGUUUAUCAGCCCCAGAAGCAGAGAUGUUGUACAUGCAGGAGGUGGAAAAAAUGGAAGGCUAUGGCCAGGAAAGUUAUCAAGCCAAGGACAGUACAGGCACAGAUGUUACGCUCGGAUCCUGCCUCGAUGGCAUCUUUGUCAAGCAUAAAAAUGGCAGGCCAGUUCUUUUAUUUAGGUGGAAUGAAAUUAACAACAUGAGUCACAACAGGUCUUUCUUUGCCCUGGAGCUAACCAACAGAGAGGAGAGUGUUCAGUUCCAGACUGAAGACAUGGAAACCUCUAAAUAUGUGUGCCGGAUGUGUCUGGCCAGACUCAAGUUUUAUAAGAUCAACAAGAGUAGCCUAGAGGAGUGUGACCCCCUGCCUUCUGAGGGCUCCCAGAAGUCCCUUCUCACUCUAUCCUUUCCUCGCUUUCCAAUGCUCUCUCGUCCUUCUCUGCCUUCUAAUAAGGGCCAAACUCAGCCCACCGUCGUCAACCCAGUCAGACGGAGAUCCUCUACGAGAAUAUCUCUGCCAAAACCUCAGGCCUACAUGAUGCCCCCACCGCAAAUGCACUACAAUGGCCAUUUCACAGAGCCUUACACAUCAUCACAAGACAACCUGUACAUGAACAGUCAGAACGGUUAUUACUACCACUCCCAGACCAGCCUGGACUGCCCUCCUCUGGAACACAGCAGCGGAGGGCGCUUACGUAACGGCAGCGUGUACAGCGCCCACAGCACCAGCUCUCUAACCAAUCCUCAGCACUACAUGCAGCCCUCGCCAAUGUCCUCAAACCCCUCCAUCACUAGCGAUAUCACCAGGCCGGACUAUGUGCCCUCGCAUCGCCACAGCGCUCUCAUCCCUCCUUCCUACCGUGCCACUCCUGAUUACGAGACAGUAAUGCGUCAUAAGACCCGUGGGGCCGGAGGAGGGAUGGUUUUGUCUCAAGAGCACCGUCAGAGCCACUCUAUGAGAAACCUGAACAUUGGAAACUCGUACGCCUACAGCAGACCGGACCCUCUAGUUUACAGCCAGCCAGAGAUCAGAGGGGAGCAUGGUGGAGCGGCCCAACACCACCACUAUCCCUUCCAUCUGGGCUCCAGCUUCCACAGCCCCUCUCCAUACCCCUAUCCGACAGAGAGGAGGCCCGUAGUGGGGGCAGUCAGUGUCCCCGAGCUCACUAAUGUCCAGUUACAACAGGCACAGGAGUAUCCAGCUCCUAACAUCAUGAGAACGCACGUGUACCGACCACCUCCACCCUACCCAUACGCCCAUCCACGGCCUGCCAACAGCACACCCGAUCUGUCGCGUCACCUGUAUGUCAGCAGUAGCAACCCAGACCUGAUCAUCACGAGGCGCGUGCACCACUCUGUUCAGACUUUCCAGGAGGACAGCCUGCCUGUUGCCCACUCUUUACAAGAGGUGUCAGAGCCCCUCUUCAGCGGACCCCCACACAGACACCCGUACCAUGCCCAGAAGCGUAACUCCAUUGAGAUUGCUGGAUUAGCGCACAGUCUCGAGGGGAUGAAGGUCAAAGACCGCACCAUGUCGUCCUCUGCCACUGAAACGGCCACUCCUCCUCCUGUCCUGCGGGACGGCCGCUCUCAGCUCAACGUGUUUUUGGAACGCACAAAGACAGAGGACAGGGGUGACAUUAAGGAGAACGUGCAGUAUGGACACAAAAAAUCCCUUUCAGACGCCACCAUGCUGGUUCACAGCAGCGGUGAAGAAGAGGAGUUUGAGGACGACAGCGGACGCCACACUCCGCUUUCUCAGGAUGCGGUCGCAGCGAUCGUUCCUGACCAGUCGUCACAGCAGCAUCACAGCUUGACAUCUCUCUCUUCUCUGACGGCUCAGCAGCAGACUCCCAUUGAACCGCCUCCUGCAUACCCCACAGGCUCCUCUCUUGACCCCUCUAUAACCAGCUCCAUAACCUGCAAGGUUCGCCCCUUGAUCCAGGAGGGAGAGCCUCUGUACCUGCUGUCAGAUUUACGACAGCCCAGGAUUAUGCCGUCAGUCUCUGAGGGCGACCUGAGUGGCCAGUCUAAGAAGCCCAAGAAAGACUUCAAGAAGAGGCCUGUGUCUGAUGUGCCUCCUGGGAAGAAAACAGUAGAAGGGUUGCCCCCUCCGGGCAUGAAGAAGAGGUCAGAGGUGAAGAAGAUGGGCCCUUUAAAGAUGGCCCACCUCAAUGGCCUGUCGGUGUCCAGGCCAAUGCACGACGAGGUGAAGGACGAGCCGGAGACCGCUUCUAAUGAUGAGAGGUGUAAAGUCCUGGAGCAGCACAUGGAGCACGGAGAGCUGUUGAAGGAGUACGAGAGUAUUCCAAAGCGUUAUCCGUCGAAGGAAUGUACGGUCGCCCUGCUGCCAGAGAGCGGAGACAAAAAUCGUUUCCAAGACGUCCUGCCUUACGAUGACACCCGAGUGGAGCUGGUUCCCACUAAAGAGAACAACACAGGAUACAUCAACGCGUCACAUGUCAAAAUAACAGUAGGUGGACAGGAGUGGACCUACAUUGCCACACAAGGUCCGCUGACGAACACGUGUCAGGACUUCUGGCAGAUGGUGUGGGAGCAGGGUGUCUCCAUCAUCGCCAUGGUCACUGCUGAGGAGGAAAACGGCAGAGAAAAGAGCUUCCGCUACUGGCCCAGGCUUGGCUCGCGACACAACACGGUAACGUACGGCCGCUUCAAGAUCACGACGCGGUUCCGCACGGAGUCUGGCUGCUACGCCACCACGGGCCUGAAGAUCAAACACCUCCUGACGGGCCAAGAGAGGACCGUCUGGCACCUUCAGUACACAGACUGGCCAGACCACGGCUGUCCUGAGGACUUAAAAGGCUUCCUCACCUACCUGGAGGAGAUCCAGUCUGUAAGGAGACACACAAACAGCAUCAGUGACCCAAAGAACACCAACCUACCGGUUCUGGUCCACUGCAGUGCUGGAGUGGGACGGAGCGGAGUGGUCAUCCUGUCUGAAAUCCUGAUAGCCUGUCUAGAGCACAAUGAGACGCUGGAUGUCCCAAGAGUCCUGACAAAGCUGCGCUCUCAGAGAAUGAUGAUGGUUCAGACUUUGGCUCAGUACAACUUCAUCUACAAGGUCCUCACCCAGUACCUCCGCAACUCCAGGCUCAUAUGAGCAUAAGUGCCUGUCCAGCGAUAACGUACGCGGCUGAAGGAUGAAGUUCACUCCAGGUUUAUGCCAAACUGCACUGUGACGAUGCAGCUGCAUGAACCUGCUGAAUGUAGCGGUCAGUAUUUGGUGGUAAUAUAUCAGGCAACGCUGAAAGAAUGAUGUAUGGAUAUAGAAGAACAAAGAGAUACCACAUGAAGGAGCAUAAAGACUCGUGACCUGCCUCUAAACAGUAUUAUAUAUAUAUAUAUAUUAUUUUUUACAUACAUUAUUGCUUAAUAAAGCCCAGCACUUUUACAGUACUUUGCUGUACACAAUGAACCAAUGUUAAGCUGCGUUAAAACAUCUUUAUAUUAGAUUUGUAUCAAACAAAGAGUUGCAUUUUCAAAUGACAAAGGUCACUUUUUAAAUAUAUUUUGGAUUGCUGGCAACUUUUGGUUCUGAUAAUGAAGGACUUAACCGACGUGAUGAAGCUCUCAGAGUACGGUAAGAUUGUCUCGUGAAGGUUUGACGACGGAGAGGCGGGCGAGAGGCGACUCUUUGCAAAACACUGGAUUGACGGGAAGUUGAGAUGCACUGCACAGACGUGUGAAGGGUUAGUGAAGGAAAAGAACAGGUUGAGAGUAGAACUGGAAACAUUUUAUACUCAGUCUUCAUCCCUUUUCUUUUUAAAUCAUGAGACAUUAGAGUGAGUUCAAUAUACCGUUUUGUCAAAGUGCCUAAAUUUUGUAAAGUUGAAAGGGCUGUUAUUUUGUUUUGGAUAAUAUGAAGGAAAGUUUUCUCAUUCUGUGUCAUUUAUCGCUUGUCUGAUUGCAGUGAUGUGUUUAUUAAUGGCAGUCAUUACUGAGAAAUAUCCAACAUCCAACAGAUUUUGAUCUGAUGAAUAAUAUUUUUUGAAUUUGGCUUAGAUCCCUGAAGUUGUGACAGUAUUCAGAUGUAAAAACUUAACGGUGCUGUGCGGCGUGCUGCUGGCUGUGGUGCUCAGUAUUAGUGUGAAGCAGGACCUCUGAGGGACACACCAUCUCUAGUUACAGUAUUCUGCCUGCCACGCUUGUUUGCACUCCGGUGAGAAAUGUCCCCCUCCGGAGACACUUCCUGCUGGUACGAACGGCCUCCUGACUAUUAAUGAACACAUCUCCACUGGAGCCGGGCACACGACGUGCCUCUUUCCCUGCUGCAGCUUUUGAAAUUAGAAAGUCCACCUGUACAGAAGCAAUGCUCACAGGCAUUGAAAGGUUUACAUGAAGAAUCUUUUUAAACUAUGUUCAUUUGAAAUAUGUCGCCUGUAUUAUCAACUUAAGUUAUAAUGAGGCCAAAGUGAAGCGAUUGUUAAUCCCUCACUUGUCUGUUUUUUCGUUGCUGGUGUCAGAUACAUGGGCAGUGAUCUUACUCAACUGGAAAAUAAAAACAUCUGAACAGACACUGAGAUGUAUUUUUAAACUGGAUCUUUUUUUUUUUUAAAGCCCACAUGAAUUAGUUUUUGUUUUUAAGAUACUAAUUGAGUCUUAGUGUGGAGACUGAAAAGAGUGAUUUUUUUUUUUUGUGGCCAAGGUGUGACUGUUUUGUCCAUGUACAGGUAUGUUGUUCAUAAUGUACACAGUGUAAAAUUCUGCUUUUAUGAAUAUUGGUAAUUGUACAAAAUAUGUAUAAACUGUAUCUAUUGAACAAAGUGGCAUGCCAUUGGAAAAAAAAACAAAGUGUAGAAAAUCUUUUCAGCCAAGAAUAAAUAUUUGGAGAUAAA